UGCAUUUUGUAGAGUUGGCAACGUCAGUUGUAUGAACACAAUCAGAAGAAAUCGUUAAAACAAGGGCUGAUUGGACAUUUUUAUUAAGAUCAGAAUGUGUUCGAUCGAUCUCGCCUCUCCAAAUUUUGCUAAAUUAAUUCACUUAGAUUUAAAAGGAGCAGCUCCAAAAUUAUCUUACUGUGAACAGUUGUUUCCGCUAUUUAAAUUGCUCGGUGCAACCGGACUCUUAAUCGAAUAUGAAGAUAUGUUUCCGUACGACGGACAACUCAAAGAAAUAUCGCAACCCGAAUGUUACAGUAAAAUGGAAAUUAAAACAUUACAAAAACUAGCCGAAGACAAUGACCUCUCAAUAUUUCCACUAGUACAGACCUUUGGACAUUUGGAAUUUCUUUUAAAACAUCCGAAAUUUUUCGAAUUAAGAGAAAUAAGUAAAUAUCCAAAUACUCUCUGUCCCUCUCAUCCUCGUUCGUUGUCGGUCGUAUUUGAAUUACUGAAUCAAGUUUUAGAACUGCAUCCUUACGUAAAAUGGUUACAUUUGGGUGCGGACGAAGUUUGGCAUCUGGGUGAAUGUGAGAGAUGCAUAAAGAGAAUGAGGGAGAACAAAUGGGACAAAGAUGCUCUCUUUCUUGAUUACGUUCGGACGUUGUCACAGUUAAUAAAACAGAAAUGUCCAAAUUUAUCUCUCAUAAUUUGGGACGACAUGUUGAGGAAUUUUGACGUCAAAGUUAUUAAAGAUUCUGGAAUAGGAGAAAUAGUAGAGCCCAUGAUCUGGCAUUAUUUACCGCCCGACGAAUUUAGACUCAAGAGCCCUUUAUGGAAUAAAUACAAUGCCAUCUUCCCUAAGAUAUGGAUAGCCAGUGCCUUUAAGGGAGCAACGGAAAUGACUCAGCUUUUGACUCCUCCUCGUUACCACCUGCUCAAUCAUAAAGCUUGGUUGGAAGUUCUUGGAAACGAAGCGGUCAAUUUCCAGUGCGUUCGGGGCAUUGCUUUAACUGGAUGGCAAAGGUUCGAUCAUUUCACAGUGUUGUGCGAGCUUCUUCCCGUCGGAUUACCUAGUCUUGCCGUGUGCUUACAGAUGUUGAUAGAAGGAGAUUUUAACGAAGACGCCCAUCAAAAGGCAUCUCGUUUACUCGGGUUUUCCGACAAAAUCGUCCUUGACGUUUACCCGAGGCCUCAGCCAUUACCUCCCGUUCCAAGUUUUCCCGGUAGUAGUAUAUACAUCAACUGUCUUUAUCUUGCUAAUUUAUUAACGGAAUACCAGAUGCUAACAAAUCAUCCAAGCAUGAAAGGUGCAUUCAGUGACUACCACAUUUUGCAAAACCGCAUCAAUCCCCUACACAUUGACCAGUUUUUGCCACAUGCCAAAGCACUGUUGCUUAACCUGAAGAAUCUCAACAACCAGUUCGUACAGGCGCUUUCAGAAAUCUAUUAUCCCGGAACCGUUGAAGAGUGGCUGGCGACGAAUACAUUGCCAUACAUAGAAAAGCUGCAAAAAUUAGUAAAAGAAGGAGAGGAACAAAUAGCACAUCAUAUAAAAGCAAUUAAAUAAAUGCAAACUAGGUGAUUUGUUAUAAAAUAUAUCCAAUUUAUUUCUGAAAAAAAGGAGGAGGGAAAAAUCACACAAAAAUAUGUUCAUUUACUCGAAAAUUUACAAAAUAACUUCCUAAAAAUCUUGCACUUAAAUGAGUUUUCACUAAUACCAGUAUUAUUGAUAGCGUGAUUACAAAGCAAUGCUCAGAUUGAUGCCAAAAUGUAAUUUUAAAUACAUUCAAAAUUAGUGUUUUUUCUCAUCCAUUAAAACCUAAUUUUGGCUCAUUUAUUUACUGUCAAGGAUGCAAUUGCUUUUAAAUGGGAAUAUAUUCAACAUGCUUAUUAUUUGUAACUGAAAAAAAAAACCACCUGUAGCAAUAAAAAGAUAUGCUCUAUACAC